UUGGGACGUAUUACCUGGAAGCCACCUUGCGUUAUCAUCACAGGGCGAUGCACGACGAACUGAACGAAUUGGCUUUCUAUAAAGAGAGGAUCAUUCACAGUCAAGAAAGAUUCUUGGAUAAAGCUGAAAUGUGGAUAAAAAGACAAGAGAAAGAAAUGCAAGAUGACUCAAAUGUAGUAAGAUACUCACUGCAGGGUGACCCAACUGAUUUGAAACAGUCGAAGCAAGAUGACCAAACUGAUGAAUCUGACCUGGAAGGGCUCAAGAUCAGUAUGGAAAAAACUUUGUUGUCAGAUAAAGAUGAAGCUCGAAAGAAACGGCAAGAAUACCAAACUGAGGUUGCAUUUUAUUAUUCGGAUAAUCCGAUUCGUCCAAGGCGCCCCAUUUAUGGAUCUUCAAAGUCAUCUUCAUCUCCACGUAGUUUCAGUGUAGAACAGCGUGAAGUAGAACCACUGAGUGCAAGAGAAGUGCAGGAAAAAGAAAAGGAUGCCACUGACGAGCCCAUUGAUGAAGACAGCAAUGUAGAUGCUGCAGGAUUUACUUCAAUCACACAGACUACUCAAGCAGUUACACAGAUGGCACCAAGAAAUGAAACGCCUUCCCAUCUUGAAGAUGUACUGAAUAAGUUUAACAAACAGACAUUGGACAUCAGUGCUAAUGAGAAGACUGACAUCUUGCUGCAGUUACCGUACAUGGCAGUUGGCUUCUUCAAUGAAAAAGGUGGCAUUUUGGCUCUGGAGAAAUAUGAUGUGCACCUUUACAUUCCGCAUGGUGCAAUAGCUGAAGGCCCGCCCCAGCUGGUGUAUAUCUAUGUCAACCCUGAUGAAGUAGUUGCUGAUACAGCCAAUAGUGAAGAGGAACAAUUGUCACCAGCGGUUCAAUGUGGUCCUCCAGGUCUCAGAUUUAAACACAGUGUGGUGUUGUCUUUUCCUCAUCAUGCAGAGUCAUCUGAUUGGGAGUUUACUGCUAAGAUGUCUUCAGCUUCUUCAGAAUCCUGGCAAGCCCUUGAUAGCAGCACUGAUGGUCAGUUGGUGUCUGCUCAGGGAGACAAAGCCAUUUUUCUGGUCAAACAUUUCUCUCUGUUCACAUUGUUCGGCAGAUCCUUGGGUAAUAGUCGAAAACGAGUUAGAGUUGGUGCCUUUGGAGACAUCUUUGAUCCCAAAAGUUAUGCUUUUCGGGUUUAUGUUUGGAAGGCUGACAGGGUCUCUGAGCAGAGAGUUCUUGAAUUUGAGAAGGAAAGAACAUCUGAAAUCUUGGAUGCCUUUAGAGAUCUGCAGUUUCGCAAAGAUAAAGGACAUAUGAGUGUGGAGAUGACAAAAACCGAUGAGGGAUGGGAAGUGAGACCACAAAAAAAACAGGAGAUCCAUGAAGAGGAUGUAUGGGCGUUCUCUCAGAAUUCAGUCUCAUUCAAUGUGAGUAGCAGAUCCAGCAACACAGAUGAUAUUCCUUACAUGGCUGUCGAUUGCUACCAGCAACAAGAAGGAGAUGAUGGGCAAGGGAGGAAGCUUCUACUCUCUGUUGGGCCAAAACCGAAACAAAAGGGAAAUAACAACUUGAUCCAGACCCGUGAUGCUCAGAGGCCUCCGGAAGCACGCAAUCUAAUUCCUGUCGAAUUCCAUACCAGUGGGAGUGGUGAAAAUACUCUGCAUUUAUCAAGUACUGAAGUCGAUGGAGCAAUUCAAAGUGCAGUCACGGAUAUAGGACAACGCCCGGAGUUGUUCGGGGAAAUCAUAAGCGCCCAAACAGCUAAUGAGCCUGAACCAAUCUUGCCGUUUCCCGACAAUCUGACACUGACGAACAUUGAAACUGAGGUACUAUUUCGAGAAAUUGCAGAAAAACUGGGAGAAGAUUGGGGACGUUUAGCCACACAUUUAGGCCACGACAGUAGCGACUUGUACGCAAUCAAACAUGACAAUGCAGGUGAUGUUCGUGACCAGAUAUUCUGCAUGUUAGUUCGGUGGCGGCAGGGACUUGGACCAUUUGGAAAGAACGCUUUCGACACUUUAUCAUCUGGUCUGGAGAUAAUUAAAAGGAAUGACCUUGUUGAGUUUUUGAAGCGAAAAGCUACAAGAUAUCGAAGACAACCCAAAAGCUCUAGCUCCUAAGUCUUGGGAAAAAAAUGUCUAGCAUAUUCAUUUAAGGUAGCAGUUUUCCAUGGUUGCCGGCUAAAUUGGCCGCCAUCUUGGAUUUAAAGCAUGAUAGCAAAUAUAUGAAGAAAAAAAACAUACAACAAACAUUUCUGAUCAUGUUUUAAAAUGUUAUUUGGCUGAUAUAUCACUUUUCCAAAAAUGUGUACUAUUUAAGACGGCCAUCUUAGAUUAUGCAGUUCACCUGCUUCUUGUUCACUGUUACAUACAUCCCAAUUGUGUUUAAGGACCCUUAAAGGCAUCCCAAAACUUUGGUGUGGUUUAGUUUAGGGGGAUUACUUUAUUUCCUAACAUAAAAAUUUGCCCUAUUAAAAUGGGGUUUUAAAUUGUUUGAAACAGUUUUUAUUUUUUUAUUGAGUGAAUACAUCCGGGAUUGGUUUCAUCCAGCAGUUUUGCAUAGCAAAAUUUUUGGACUAAAUAGCUUUUGUGCACAAAAAUGAGUAGCAAAAGAUGAUUUUUGAGCAGUAGCAUUUUGAUUUUAUACAAACAGCGUGUUCACUUUAGAUCCUUCUAAAAAAAACUGUUAUUCUUUUUUUCAUUACUGCACCUUAUAUCGAUCAUGCACUGAGUGACUUCAAAUCUAGCAGUAACUUACACAUAACAUAUUGAUUGUUAUGUAAACUAUGCUGCAUAAAUAAAUGUUUUCAAUGCUGGAUGGCAUUUUAGUUUAGCUUCCAAAGGAAUUGGCUUUCUCAAGGAAAUAUUUUGAGAUUCCCACAUUGCAAGAUCUUAAGGACCAUGACCCAUCAGCCAAGACCAGAAAAACAACAAAAAAACAACCUGUAUGACCUACAGCACCUUUGUGUUUGAUCAAUAUCUGUUAUCUAACAGAUAUUGGCACCCCUGGUUAAUUUUAAUUUUAAAUCAGCUUGGUUUUGUCGUGACAAUUUGAACUUGAAUAUGGCUUCUAAAACAAAGUGCCUUCAAUUAAAUUGUACCAUGUAUACAUCGUAUGCUAAAAAUAUUACUCAUCAAUGAUUAAUGGUAGCUAGUCUCUAUACUUAUGUGUGAGUUAUAACUAUACAUUUUUAAGCUUUAUAUUUGUAUGUAUUGGUUAAAACAUUUAUCCAUUUGCAGGCUUAGCCUAUACAGCUGUAGAUUGAAAGCUAUGGAAAUCCAAAAUAAGAAGAUUUUUUAGUUUUGAUAACAAUCAUAUCAGUUUUAUGAGAUGUGGUAUUUUCCAAAUGUAUAUGUGCAUACAAACAAGUAAAUGAAGCCUGUGUAUAUAGCAUGAUUUGAAUAACUAUACAAUUUUAACCUUUAUAUUUGUACGUACUGGUUAAAACUUAAUCUAAUUGUAUCUUCCAAAGCAUACAAUUAAAUCAAGCCUGUGUAUAGCGUAGUUUGAUAUAAACCCAGUAUAACUCAUCAAAUAUCAAUUGGACUGGAAUUAGCAUCUUAAAGGCAGUGGACACUAUUGGUAAUUGUCAACUAGUCUUCACAGUUGGUGUAUCUGAACAUAUGAA